GACAUUGCUAUUACUGGUAUUGGAAUGAGACUACCAGGCGGUAUUGAGUCACUACCAGAAUUCUGGAAAAUUUUGAUAGACGGAGAUGAUAUGAUACAAGAAUUCCCAAAGCAAAGAAAGCAUGAUUUUCUUCGAUGUAUCGAUGCAAAUAAGGCAGAUAUGUAUUCAAAACUUGAAACAUUCAAAGGAUCGUUUUUGGAUGAUAUUGAUAAAUUUGACCAUCAGUUUUUCAAGAUUGUGCCAGGAGAGGCAAAGUUUAUGUCACCAGAGCAGAGACUGUUCCUUCAAGUUUCAACAGAAGCUCUAACUGAGGCUAGGGACAUUAACCUUGUUAAAGGAUCAAAGAUAGGUGUGUUUGUAAGUAAUUCUGAGAUUGGUUAUGGUGAACUUGAUCUACCUAGUGACGCAGUAGGAAUAUCUGGUUUGAUGUCUGGUAUGGUAGCUACCCGAGUUGCCUAUCAAUGGGAUUUGAAAGGACCUACUAUGUUAGUAGAUACAGCUUGCUCAUCAUCUCUUAUGGCAUUGAAGUUAGCUAGUGAGUCAAUAAAGAAAGGAGAAUGCGAAGGAGCAUUGGUUGGCGGAGCAAAUCUGAUCAUGUAUCCAGCUAGAAAGGGGGUACAUGGAGACACCGGAAUACUCUCUCCAGACUUUCACUGUAAUGCUUUUGACAAAGAUGCCAGCGGUACUGCUGUUGGUGAAGGAGUUAUUUGUUUAUAUAUAGAACCAUUGCAGGAUGCUCUGCUGAAAGAUAAACACAUAUACGGCGUUUUGAAAGGAGUUGCCUCCAACAGCGUUGGUCAUGGAAAUGGGAUAACUGCACCAACUGCAACAUCUCAACAGUCUGUCAUAAAAGCAGCAUUAAACACGACUGAGUUAAAGCCUUCUGAUUUAUCAUACAUUGAAGCACAUGGAACCGGAACUAAACUUGGUGACAGGAUCGAAUUGUCAGCUCUUUCAUCUAUCUUCCACGAUAAAGAUAGUAGCAAUAAAGUUCAUUUAGGAGCAACGAAGACGACAUUUGGACAUUUGGAUUCUGCUGCUGGUAUGAUAGGGGUUCUGAAGGUUUUGGCGAUAAACGUGUUCAAGAAUAUACCACCAAUGCAUUUGUUCCGAAAUCCGCAUCCAGAAUUGAAAGAUUCAUCAUUGAUUAUUCCAAAGAAACAAAUCCCGCUGAAUGCAAGAAUAUUUAAUGCUGGUGUGAGUUCAUUUGGUUUAACUGGUACCAAUUGCCAUGCUAUCAUCUCUCAA